GUGUCCCGCUGUCUGUUCCAGCUGUACUCCCUCUACUGUACACUCCUCUCCUCUACUGUUAUCAGACUGUUGAGCCCAGCCUGUGUGGACUGACUGAAGCAAUGAAUGCAGGCAUCUGUGUAUGUGUACUGCUGGCUGCGUUCUCUGGCAGCAGUUUGGGGCGCCCAUCGCACUCGCAGGAUGAGGACAAGCCUGAGCCCCCCCAGCUCGACAGCGUUAUGUCUCCCCAACACACACGUCACACCCGUUCAGCACCCUCCAGUGGCCAGCUCAUCCCCUUCUCCAAACCGGCAGAGGACGAGGCAGAGGACCCCCGCAUCAGCCUGCGUGAACUACUGGGAAGACUGAUAUCCAGGAAAGGAUCAUUGCAGAGGAGCUCAUCUCUGAGCAGCAGAGCCAGCGGUCCGGGUCCCAGCCACAAGAUAAAGGACAGAGACUACCUGGGCUGGAUGGACUUCGGACGCCGCAGUGCAGAGGAGUACGAGGAGUACUCCUCAUAGAAACAGACACCACUAAAUCCAUCUCAAUUAUCAGAAAACUAAAAAAAUCAUUGUCCCCAACAGCUAGAUUUAUUAUGAUGUAUUUGAUGUAAAUGUGUUUGUAAAACUGAUAUGAAGCAAUAUAUAUAUAUAUAUACAGUACGUAUACAGAUUUUUGAAGAAAACAAAAAGGUUUGAUGCUUUUCUUACAUGUACCCUAUACACAGUCCCAUGUCCUUAAAACACACAGAUACCUAAUCAGAGAGAUUUUGUAGUAGAAUCAACCAAGUCUGCAUUAUAUAUAACAUCCUUCUCCAUAGUGUUUCCAAGCACUAAGGCCUUGGGCUCAUUGUAUUCCUAAGUGCCAUGCAGUCUAGUGCGUUUAGUGGGCUCAUGGCUUGCUCUAUUUGUCAUUUACAAAUAAUGUUACACAACGGCUCAUCUGACUCAUAUUUGCUCCCCCAUUAUGCUGGACCACAGUUGGCACACAUUGUUCACAGCUCUAGUCAUCACUGAGCCACAGAGAUGCAGCAACAUACAGCAAGAUCCUCCUCUUAAUGCAGAAGGUACAGGGAGGUUAGACCGUGAGAGACGACAGUGGGUGUAUUAGCAGCACACACAAUUUAGGUCUGAAAGUGAUACCUCCCUGAGCAACUUGUCUUCUUAUGGACCCACUGUACCUACAGCAGCCCAGCACAUCACUCGGACUGAAUUAAAGAGCAAGAGCGUUUUUGUUCACAAGCCGUCCUCCAAAUCUACUUUUUCAGACACACGGCCUUAGAGUGUGAUUGUAGCGGCAAUAACAGAGGCAAUAUCACAUCUCAGUCACUAAAUAGAUCAACCGGAACACAGAGGAGACAAAUAGAGCCUGGGUUUUUACAUUAGACAAAGCACGCAGCUUAACAAAUAUUGGAUGGAGUACCACUUGGGUGCAUUGGAGAGACAAUGGCUUGGCUUGGAUUGCACUGUUGUGAGCAUAAAGCUUGACUAGCGCUGCACUAACGCUAGCGCAGGUGUCCCUCAAUGAGCUGAUUUAAUUAUUUGCGACAGGUUUUUUCGUUGUGGGAUGGGAGGCAGGAGGCGGAGGAGGGGAGGAUGAG